AUGCGAUUCUCAUUCCUCCGAUCUUUCCUCCGGCCACGACCGCGCAAAUCAUCUUCUCCCUCAUCCAAUCCCAAUCCUGAUCCAACCCCAAACUAUACAACAACAAGAGCAAUGUCUGGCGGUAUGGUUGGCGCAGCAUUAUAUGCAGCUAGCAUGACGAGUCCCACAGCUCUCGGUGCCGUGCCCGAGAACAAUAUAGCUAAAGCGCAUCAUUUGAAAGAUGGGAAGGGAUUUACAAAUCCGUGGGAUUCGUGGAUUGAAAAGAGUGCGCCGGGGAUCGCCAUGGCUAUGAUACGAGCAAAACUCACCGGCGAAUUCGGCAACCCUGACACCACACCCCCCACUGUCCCCGUCGUCCAACCCACCUUCCUCCCCAACCGAGACUCUUCUGCUCUGCGCGCAACCUGGCUCGGUCACGCUUGCUACUACGUCGAAUAUCCAUCUGGCCUCCGCGUCCUCUUUGAUCCCGUCUUCGAAGAACGAUGUUCCCCAUUCUCUUUCAUGGGUCCAAAACGCUAUACACCCAUCCCCUGCAAACUGAGCGACAUUCCAAUUGUAGAUUUGGUGGUCAUAAGUCAUAGUCAUUAUGAUCAUCUUUCACAUCCGACAGUGAUGGAAUUACAUAAAAGUCAUCCAAACGCGCAUUUUCUGGUUGGGUUGGGACUGAAGAAAUGGUUUCACGAGUGUGGGAUUGAGAAUGUGGAGGAGAUGGAUUGGUGGACUGAUAUUGACGUUACCUUAUCCCCCAUUACAGGCGAAAAACGCAUCUCUACCAGCUCAUCCAGAAAUCCCUCUUCACUACUCCCAUCCCCCACAUCCCCUUCCACUUCCCCAUCCUCCCCAAUAACAGCACGCAUAUCCUGUCUCCCCUCCCAACACACCUCCGCCCGCACCGCCUUCGACAAAGGCUGCACCCUCUGGUGUUCCUGGGCCGUUUCCUCUGGCGAUAAAUCCGUUUGGUUCGGAGGCGACACCGGAUAUCGAGCGGUCCCCCAGGUCCCCAAAGGAACGGAUGAUUACGGACAUGAGUAUCAGCAUUUACCUAUCUGUCCUGCCUUCAAGGAAAUCGGAGAGUUGAGAGGUCCAUUUGAUUUGGGUCUGAUUCCCAUCGGUGCUUAUGAACCCCGCCACAUCUUCUCGCCCAUGCACGCCAACCCCUUUGAUUCCGUAAACAUAUUCCUCGAUACAAAAUGCAAACGCGCCAUGGGCAUCCACUGGGGAACCUGGGUCCUAACCCCCGAAGCUGUCAUGGAACCACCUCAACUAUUAAAGAAAGCUUUGGCUUGGAAGAAGUUACCCGAGACGGGUGUUUUUGACGUGUGUGAUAUUGGGGAGAGUAGGGAGUUUUAG